AAAAUGACCAAUAUAAACGAGUCGGCAAUAUGCUCAAGCUCUAUAGUAACGAUGUGGGCGCUUCUUGAAGGGAAGGCGAGUGCUGUAGAAGUCGAUAUUAAUCAGAACAAUUAUAUGACCCGUAGUUUUAACUUAGACCGCCUUAAACCUAUUCUUUGUGAAAGAUUCAAAGCUCUUAAGAAUGUUGAAAGAUGUCGAAGUACAACUGACAUUGCACCACUUGUAGUCCGGUAUUCUCUAUCAACUUCAACUGUCAUUGUUCGUUGCAAUCUUUCAACAUCAUGGUUUAAGUCUAGUUUCCCACAUACUAGCGGGCUUUGGUAUCUCGUUCCGGACAUUCAACCGAAUGAAAAAGGUAAACGUGAAGUCAAUAUUUCAAUCCAAGUAACAGAAAAGAAGGCAUACGACGAUUGGGAAAUUGGCGAGGCCUUAAAUGAGUUCUUGCAUCAAAGGGGUUUAACUAUGUUUGAUAUUCAAUCUUUUAGCAUAGAUGAUCUUCCGAGAUCUAACCCCCCAAUCUCCGAAGAGGCUAUUGCCCAACUUAUUGCUGAACUUAAAAAAAAGAAGAGUGCAUUUGGCAUUGUCAAUCGAAAUGAAUCAACUUGUCGAGAGUUCAUCUUGCCUUUAAUGUCCACAGCAGUCACCCAUGUCCAAGAAGAAACAAAAGAAUUAUUACUUAAAGCCGAAGAAUGGAUCGAUGGGACAAAAGCUUAUGGGCCUAUUGACUACUCGAUUUCUAUUGAAGAAAUUCAUAGUGCCGUAGAG